AUGACGAUAGCUGGUCUCAUUUAUCGAGUGAACUAUUCCAACACACCGGUUUUCGAAUUGGCCGUGGGCGAUGUUGCCGUUAUGCGACGCAAGAACGACUCGUACAUGAACGCGACUCAAAUCCUAAAGGCUGCAGGAAUGGAAAAGACAAAGCGUGCAAAGAUCCUUGAUCGUGAAGUUCUCAUUGGCGAUCACCAAAAAGUCCAAGGAGGAUUUGGCAAAUAUCAAGGCACAUGGAUUCCUCUUGAUAAGGCACGCCAACUUGCAGAGCGCCAUGGGAUUUUCCAUCAAAUUCAGCCUCUUCUUGACAUCGAUCCUGCCGACUUUGAAUUGUAUCCUGAAAAAGAUCCAACAACGACAAACAAAGAACGAAAGACGACAGCAGCAGCAGCAAAAGUAGCAGUGGAAUCAUCGCCUAUGGUAGCCACACCCUUCAGCACUGAUACGAUGGUUAUCGACAAUGAAUCUGUUGAUUGGCCUGAUCAUGAUACAAUACAUACGAAUGAUCCAGGAGAACAUCCUCAACAACAACAACAGCCCUAUUCAUUACUUGUGGAUGCCGCUUUGGGACGCGUCAAGAAUGUGGAAUUGCUCAUCGAACAAGGUGCGGAUGUUGGAUAUACGAAUCACGCGGGUGAAACAGCCCUUAUGCAAGCUGUAAGGCACACCCAUUGCUAUGAAACCAAAUGCUUUUCUCGAAUGUUGAUGGCAUUGCAUGAUACGAUAUUGACGGUGGAUCGUGAUGGUCAAAGUGUCCUUCAUCAUGCGGUCGCUUUUGCAGCAAACGACACAAACGACAAAGCCUAUCCAGCAUCCAUGUAUUAUAUAAAACAAUUGGUGUCAUAUGGACAACAACCUUUAUUAUCCAUCAAGGAUAUCAACGGCGAUAGUGCAGCUGAUAUUGCAUUGCGAUCCGGUUUGGAGGCUGUGGCCAAAGUGCUUUUGAAAAGUGAUUCUAUGCAACCUUGUUCAACCAGCAGUGGAUCAACAACAAAAGGACGUGAUCUUGUCUUGUCUGUGCAAAAGGCGGUGGAUUCCAUUGAUACUGAAUACAUUGCACAAAUACGUGAACGAGAUCAGGCACUUGAAAAGGCACAGGGUCAAUUACGGAAGGCGACUCAACAACUACAACAGCUACAAAGCAAAUUGCAACAAAAAGAAGUUGAACGACGACAACAGCAUGCAGAGCUCAACAUCCCACCUUUAUCGCUACUCGAGCAAUGCAACAUGACACGAGAACAAUGGCUUGAGGAGCAAAUGAAGUUAUUACAAGCUCAGGUUGCCACCCAUACACAAACACGACAAGUACUAUCACAACAAAUCUCACAGCUGCAGAAUCGUACCAGCCAAACAGAAAUCCAAUGUAAACGACUCAUCGCAGCCUGUUGUAACCUGCCCAUUGAUAAGGUCGAUUUGCUAUUGGAUCCUCUUCUUGCAGCUGUGGAAAGUGAUCCACCGGAUGAAUCAUUUCAACAAGUCGUUGGCUUCAUGGAUGGCGUCAAACGCAAGCGACAUCAGUGA